UUCUCUUGAUCCUUCCCCACAGGUACCAGGAAUGCGGUGUUAAACACCGAGGCCCGCACCAUCGAGGCGGACGUGCUGAGCCGACGCUGCGUCAUGAUGCGGCUGAUGGACUUCUCGUACGAGCAGUACCAGAAGGCCCUCCGCCAAUCUGCCGGCGCCGUGGUCAUCAUUUUGCCCCAGGCCAUGUCAUCGGUUCCGCAGGAUGUUGUCCGGCAGUUCAUGGAGAUAGAGCCUGAAAUGCUGGCCAUGGAAACCAUCGUGCCCGUCUACUUUGCAGUAGAGGAUGACGAGCUGCUCUCCAUCUACGAACAAACACAGGCUGCUUCUGCAUCGCAGGGUUCUGCAUCAGCUGCUGAAGUGCUGUUGCACACAGCAACUGCCAAUGGCUUCCAGAUGGUUACCAGCGGGGCUCAGAGCAAAGCUGUCAGCGACUGGCUCAUAACCAGCGUGGAGGGGAGGCUGACUGGGCUGGGAGGAGAGGACCUGCCCACCAUUGUGAUAGUGGCCCAUUACGACUCUUUUGGCGUGGCCCCGUGGCUGUCUCACGGUGCAGACUCCAAUGCCAGCGGCAUCUCUGUGCUCCUGGAGCUCGCCAGGCUGUUUUCUCGGCUCUACACCUACAAACGUACCCAUGCAGGGUAUAAUCUGCUGUUCUUCGCAUCUGGAGGUGGCAAGUUUAACUAUCAGGGAACCAAGAGGUGGUUAGAAGACAACUUGGAUCACACAGAUUCCAGUCUGCUCCAAGACAACGUCGCGUUUGUUCUUUGUCUCGACACCCUGGGCCGAGGGAACAGUCUUCACCUCCAUGUUUCGAAGCCUCCCAAGGAGGGGACCCUGCAGCAUGCGUUUCUGAGGGAGCUGGAGAUGGUGGUUGCCAGCCAGUUCCCCGGAGUACAGUUCUCCAUGGUGCACAAGAAAAUCAACUUGGCUGAUGACAUGCUGGCAUGGGAACAUGAGCGCUUCGCCAUCCGCCGCCUGCCUGCCUUCACUGUCUCACACCUGGAAAGUCACCGGGACAGUCUGCGCAACAGUAUCAUGGAUGUGAGAGCGUGGGUGGACACCAAGGCUCUCACACGCAACACCAGGAUCAUUGCUGAAGCUCUAACACGGGUCAUCUACAACCUAACAGAGAAGGGGGCUCCAGCUGACCUGCAGAUCUUCACAGAGCAGAUGGAGAUUCAGGAGGAGCAGCUCGAGUCAGUGAUGGACUGGCUGACCAGUCAGCCCAGAGCCGCCCAGCUCAUCGAUAAAGACAGCACCUUCCUCAACACCUUAGAAUACUAUAUGGGGCGCUACCUGAAGGAUGUCAAACAGCAUCAUGUGAAGGCAGAUAAACGGGACCCCGAGUUUGUUUUCUACGAUCAGUUGAAGCAGGUGAUGAAUGCGUACAGGGUCAAGCCGGCAAUCUUUGACCUGCUCCUGGCUCUCUGCAUAGCAGCCUACCUCGGAGUUGCCUACAUUGCAGUCCAGCACUUUGGUCUCCUCUACAAGACAGUGCAGAGAUUAUCCCUUAAAACCAAGCAGCAGUGAAGCGACAAACCCAUCCCAUCAAGCAGCACUGAGCCACCGAUCAUCCCUCCACCCAGCUUGGAGCAGUGGGGCGUCUCCUUUGCUUCGUGUAGAAUGGCUACCGCGGAGCAGAAGUCGCUAACAUUUAUGAGCAUCAGGCAGUAGAGAGCAGGCUUGGGGUGUCCUCACUUGCAGAUAUCUCUGGGCAAAAACAAUCUGAAGUCUCAGCAUCACCAGCUCCCCUUGGAGUAAAUCGUGCUGCAUCUCCAUCCUCAUCAAGUUUUCAGUGCUGAACCUACAGUUUAGAGCCUUGUGGUGCAGGAAAUAAAUACUGGACAUUCCUGAUUGCGGGAAAGUUGCCACUUUAUCUUAAAGCAAAGAGGGCAGGGCUGUGUGGUCACAGGACACACGCUCGUGGGCAAUUGGUGGCCUAAUCCCUUGAUCUAUCACAGGUUGGAGCAAUUUAAUCUCUGAUUUAAGCACUCUGGUCAUCCCUACCUUGUUGCUAUGGAAUGUAGGUUCAGACACUAAUUACUAUGGGUAGGGGCAGGCAGUGCUGAUCAAAGGGCACUUGCAGAUACUAAACCCAUAAAUCUGAGAGAGAAGGAUUUACAACCUCAUGCCUGAAGAAGAAAGAGGCUUUGAUAUAUUUAAUCAAGCCUCGAGCCCUAAAUCCCACUAUCACAGAUCCUUGGAGUUCGAUCACUUCCCCCCCUUUUGCCCGCGUCUCUUUUUGAAGUCAUUAAAACUUCCAGCCGAUCCCGGUGCGGUGCUCUGCUUUUUGUAAUAACGAGACGAUGGUGCUGUUCCCGGCAGGCUGAGAUUUCACUGCGCCUGGCUCCUCUUCCUGCCCCGGAGACGCAUGCAGAGAGAAAUGAUCUCGUUGGGGAUGGUCCUGUUUUGAGCAGGGGGUUGGGCUAGAUGUGACCUCCCAAGAUCCCUCCCAAACCUCCUUUUCUAUGAUUCGAUAUUUAAUAAAACAUCUCUUUGAUCCAGCACGGAAGAGUCUAGCUCGUGCACGGCUCCACCGUGCCCCCAUUUCUCUUCUGGUUUGCAGCAGGACUUCUCGGUCUCGUAGAGGAAGGGCUGAAAACAAGUAAUCAAGUUGGCAUGGGCGUGAAAGUUGAGCCUUAGCAGGCACGGGACAAUGAUGCGCGCGACCCACCGACUUCACCCGCUGUCAGGGGGAUGUGAAAGCCAGCUCAGCAGAAGACUGGUCCUGCUCAAGCAGGCUGUGGCUACUUGAGUUAUUUUUCAGGCUCCCCCUUGCAGACUGCCCAGAGGACUGCUCUCUUAUUCCCAGCCUCACUAAUGUCUUUGCCCUGCCCAGAGGAGGCACCUCCUUGUACAAGGGAGGGAUGCUGCCAUGUCAUCUGGGUACUCGGUGAUUUCACAGGGGACAUUCUGGUUAUAAGCUGUUAAAACCAAAGCCCUCAACCGGAAUAAAUUAAGCAACAGAAACAGCCAGUCAAGGUGCAAUCAAGCUGGGGAGGGGAGAACAGAAACUUUCAUCCGGCAGUUCCUCUACAAGCUCAGACCCGGGCUGGGUUAUCAUUUCCGAGAGAGGCAGCCAGGCUUGCUUUAAAGAUUCCCAGUGAUGGAAGAUCAGUCACAUCCCUUGUUAAGUCGCUCAGCUGGCUAAUUACCGUGGCUAAUGUGCUCCUUCUCUAGUCUUCAUUUAUUUUUUGCUUUAGCUCCCAGCCAUCUGAUAACUGCAAGGUUACAAAUUGAAAUGUUCUAGGCUCAGGAAACGGGGGGGGGGGGGGGGUUUAUCACUGUAAUAUUAGUUCAGUUAUUUUUACUGUGUGUAUGCCGAGGUGCAUAUUUAAAAUAAGAAUAGAGAAGUCAACAUAAAAUAAGAAUAGCGAAGUCAACAUGAGUCAGCAUCACAACUAGCAUAAUUUCCUGAUCAAAAUAGCAUCGAUGUGUCUAAAUAUUUUAAUUUCUUUAUUUUUUUUGUGUGUGUGUCAUCCCCACCCCCCCAUGCGAAGGCCAGUAGGUUUGAGGAGAGCAGUUUGCUCGAACAAGCAACUGGGUUUUGCUAGCAGAGUUUGUACGUGCCCUGCUCUGUGGUUUAGGAUUAUAAUCUCACCAGGAAGGAAAGAGACUCUAGAGGGUCUUGCAGCAGGUACGUUCCCUUUGGGAGAUCGGAGGGCGUUACCACUGCAGUAGAAAGCGUUUUGGAGAAAAGGAGGAGAUUCUGCAGUCUCGAAUGGAGCAAAACCUGCAAGAUGGGUCCAAGGGGGAUGGAGCUGGGCUGUUCUCAGUGGGGGCAGAUGAUGGGACAAGGAGCAAUGGGCUCAAGCUGCAGCAAGGGAGGUUGAGGUUGGAUAUUAGGGAGAAAAAACAUUUUCAC